AUGAGCAAGUCCGACCUUUUCAACGACGCGCAGGUGCCCAUGCGCGCCACGGUGCUGCGAUUCGGCGACGACGUCGAAGGCGCCAGCUACCCGGAAGCCGCUCUCACCAUCGACGAUGCGGCGGUGCCGGCCGAGGCGAAAGUCGAGGUGUACCACGACGGGGACAAUAGUGGCAGCGCUCAUGAGAGCGUGCCGCACCACGCACAGGACCUGCGGCACGACUUCACGAGUGGCAUCCUCAACUGCCACGAGAGCUGCGCCGUGUGUCUCGACGCUUGCCUGUGCAUGUACUGCACCGCCAGUGCGCACCACAACUUUCUCAUGAACGACACAGAGGGCCUUUACCUCCCCGUCUGCUGGGGGCUGUUCUGCGUCGAUGUCGGGCUCAGCGCAGUGUCCUCGUACCUGCCGAGCUCGCUCCACUUCCACACCUACUUUAUGCGCAGCGCCAUCCGCAGACGCUACAACCUGCACUCGGCGGGCGCGCCUGUCAACUCCAAUACGCAUGGCAGCAGCAGCAGUGGCUGUGACUGUACGACAGAGUCGAUGCUGGACCUCCUGACCGUAUGCUUCUGCCUGCCGUGCGCCAUUGCCCAGCAUCAGCGCGAGAUCAUGCACCAGGGCGACUGGUGCGGCGGCGUCUUCAGCAACCGCUACUCGCUGCAGACCCCAGCGACAGUGCACACAAUCUAG